CGCCCUCUUAACAACAAUAAUCCUACCGACGUCCCAGCCUUCAAAAAGCCCCGCCUCGACAUCGACCACACUACGGCCGAACUCAAGACCAUGGAUAUCCAGUUAGUCGACUCACUAAGGGCUUCGAUGGCUACGACUCAGUGGGGUGACGAGAACUGCCGCAACGACACAAUGGCAAACAUCACGAAGGCCCAGUGCAUGAUCCUUGCUUGCAGCGACCUCGAGCACGGCUCCAAGGAGGCCUCUGCUACAGUCGACAAGCUGAUCGAUGCACUUAUCGACAGCGAGAUUCGUCAUGUGAGCGUAGCGCUCAGAACCUACGCUACGGCUGACGAGGCGCGCUGUGAGUCAAAGACCAUAUUCGUGGAGGGAAUCUUGAAGUGCGACUGCAGUAUCACGCAGCUUGCGAAGCUGUGCGUCAAGGAGAAGCUACAAGGCCUACCAGUGGAUGCAAUCAUCGACAGGAUCGAGAAGGAGACGAAGCUUGCAUAUGCAUCGGUCACACAGAAGAAGUUCUUCGAGGUUCUUGAGGGCGCACUCGGGGUGAAGAGAGUGGAAGGAACCAAUUGCUUGCCAUCGAAACCAGGGGGAUAG